AUGAACACGCUCACAGGCGCAGGUGGAGGCGCGUUCUUCGGCGGAGGCAGGAUGGGAGGGGCGAGGUCAGACACGUGGACGAAAAUGUUGAAGGACUUGAAGAGCCCUAAGCCGGCUAGCAGGUAUUCGGCAUUACAGGAAGCUACGACUACGAUUGCGCUCGCGCAGGAAGAUCAGUUUCACUACUUUCCUUGGGAAGACGCCGUCAAGGUCUUUCUGGGACUCAUGUCCGGCAAGCCUAUCGUCGAGGGCAAAAGUGACGACGAGAGCAAGGAUGAAGGCGCUGUCGAGGCUCACGACGAGGACGACUUUGAUUCGAUGACCGAGGAGCAGCAGAUGAUGUACGCCAUGGCGCUCAGUUCGGGAGGCAAGAUGCCGUCCGCCGACGCCGAACUGGAUCCCGAGCAGGAUCAGCAGGCGCAACUUCUCGCAUGUCGGUGUCUGCAGAAUUUGAUGAUGUCGUCCGAAGGACAUGGAAUGACGGCCGGCUAUAUCGUUCGCAACGGAGGGGUCAAGGUGUUGUGUGACAAAUUGACUUCCAUUGAGAAUAUCGAGCUGGCCGAACAGGUCAUUGUGACGCUCGCCAAGCUUGCCGAAUAUCAAUCGAGAGGCACUGGUAUCAUACAAGAGAACGGUCUCAAGAUCAUGCUCGACAUCCUCGAUUUCUUUGACAUUCACGUGCAGAAGAGCAUCGUCAGCGCGGUCAUCUUCAGUUGUCGUUACCUUACCGCUGCCGAGUUCCCUAAAAUCAAGGAGAUUUUGCCUCAUAUCCGUGGUCUUUUGGCCCGUUCCGACUCGGCUUUGGUCGAAGGCGCCGCGAAUAUCAUGUAUCGUCUGCUCAACAGCUACGUUUACAAGGCUGAUAUCCUCGAAGACAUCCUUGAUCGUGAAAUGAUCGAUGCGAUCAACGGCGCUUUGUUGCCCGGAUCUGGCUCGCCCCAGAUCUCGCCUUCGGUAUACGCCAAUCUGCUCAAGGUCUUGACAGCCGGUGUGCGAAGCUCCGCCAAGGUGACCAUGACCCUGUUCGAGGCGGAUUUCCCUCGGACUAUCUACUUCAUCUUGACGGGUCUGCUGCCGCCGGAUGAGCAAGACAUCGCCAAGGGUCAGACAGAUGCGCCUGCGGAAGCCGUCAUCCUACAAAAUCUCGGGACUCGAGCCAAGGAACAGAUUGAAGAGGUAUUGAAUCUGGCUUGUGAAUUAUUGCCUCCAGCUCCACAGGACGGCGUGUUUGAUCCGAGAAACUACUCUGAGCGAAUGCUGGCUCGUUACGCCAAGGCCAAGGACAAGUUGCAACGUCAGAUUGACAAAGUUGCGACCGCUACUCCACCGGUAGAGACUCCACAAAACGAGACUGGGACGUCAACUCCGCAAGCUGGGUCGAGCGUACCUCAGGCGCACUCGCUCGGUAUCUCCGGCCUGAAUCAAGCCAUGGAACGGAACAAGGUAGAGGCUCAAGCGGCUGUUCUUAAAAGGCAGGAGGUCUUGCAGGAGAACGCCGAGGUCGUCAAUACCUUCAGCAAGAUUCUCAUCCCGGUGCUGGUCGAUGUGUACAAUGCCUCAGCAGCUUUGAAAGUACGGACACGUAUCCUCGCCACUCUGCAACGAUCGAUCGCCUUCUGCACGGACGAGCAGUUAACCGAGGCCUUGCAGAACGUAUCGUUUGCCAGUUUCCUCAGUUCCAUCCUUACCAGCAGGGACAACCCGGCUCUUGUCACCAACGCACUACAGUUGGCCGAGCUGCUCCUUUUCAAGCUGCCGGCGAUCUACACGCGUUCUUUCCAAAGGGAAGGAGUCUUUUACGAAAUUGAUAAGCUGGCGGGCGAAGAGUUAUCGCCCUCAGCGAGCGCUACGCCUUCCACCCUCUUGAAGGCCCUUGCAGGCGAAGAUCUCACCCAGAUCUCUGCCUUCGAACGUGCCCUGGGCGUCGCUCGCGCAAAGCCGGGUUCAUCGUCACGUCGAGUCUCGUCUGUUCCCAGUAAUCCUCACGAUGCAAAUAUCGUCAGAGCGAAGAUCCUCCAGAUCAAGCGAUGGAGCUUGUCUGAUACAGGACGUGCUGUGCCUUCGAGCUCGUCGACUGUUGCUGAGGUCAUUCAGCAGCUGUCCGACCCUGAAAUCACGGACGACGAUCUUCAGAAGGCAUUCACGAGGAUUGCCGAGCUGCUUACCGACAGAAUGGAGCCGCUUUCGAGCUUUGAGAUGCUGCAAAGCGGGCUGCUAGCCAAAUUGAUGGGGAUGUUACAGGAAGGGGAGAAAGCGGUCGCCCACCGCAACAUCCUGUUCGCAGCGUUGGCCGAGACCCCUGCCGACAGUGAUUCGAGCCCUCUGGCUUUGCUCGUCAAGCGACUGCAGGAUAGUCUAAGUCGACUCGAUAACUUUGAAGUGGAGACGACCAAUGGUGGAGCAGAAACGGAUCCCAAGCGCACACUACCAAGCUUGUUGCGAACUAUGACUGUACAGUUGUCAGCAGGUAGCGACAGUCCAUUGCCCAUCAACUGGAAGGCGAAGGUUAUCGAAAUUUCCCUACCAUGCGUUGCUCCAAUCUCUUCAAUGAACUCAUUCUUAAGAUCGAGCUCGCGGAUAUCCGGAACCGGCUCGGGAGCUGCUGUGAAGUCGGAUCUGGACGCCUUGCUGGAUGCAGGCACAGCCGGCAGUGCUUCGGCAUCGGCCAGUAAACAGCCCGCCGCUACGGAAGCCAAACCGGCAGCCCGGCGCAGCGCUCGUUUGCGUGGUGAAACAGUCGAGGAUGCAGAACCUACCUCGAAUGACGCCGCAGUGGAAGGUCCAGCGGAAUCGGAUGCUCUCAAACAGCCCGAAGACUUCGCUGUUGGAGAGGAUGACGACGAUCACUCCACGCAGAACGACGAAGAUGCCGAUGAACAUGAACAUGGCGAAGAAGGGAUGCCCGCAGCUCACGAUAUUCAUCAACCAGAUGGUUCCAAGCCGCAAGGCAUCACCCCUCAUGGCACCCGAGUCGCUACUCCUACUCCUGAAGCCUCGGCUGCAGAUACUUCUCGGGUGGCAGGAGUGCCGCCUCGGACACGCUCUUAUGCUGCGGCUCUGAAAGCGCCCACUACAGAUUAUCACUACCGUUUCUCGCAUAAUGGCCACGAUUUGGGAUACCAAGAGUCACUUUACGGGGCAAUCUCUCGGGUCAAGAGGAUGUCGGGUACUUCGGUGCGGUUGAGCUUUUACGACAGGCAGAUACUGCAUGUCAGGAAGGUCGAAGGGCCUGCUCCUCUUCCCGAAAUCCCAAAACACGUCGACCCUGCCUCCGAAGACGGUCUUCCGGGCACAUUGAAGAAAGAAUCUCCUCAAGCAACUGUUCUACUGAUGUUGCGUAUCAUUCACGCCAUCAACGAAGAGCAGCGGGACAAGUUGGGUGAGGUUGACUCUCGUGUCUUGGACGAAGGAGCCUUCAUCAAUGCAAAGAUGACUGCCAAAUUUAUCCGUCAACUGGACGAGAUCUUGCUGGUCGCAUGCGAGGCACUUCCUUCCUGGGCAACUGAGCUGCCUAAAUCGUUCAGGUUCCUCUUUCCGUUCGAGGCCAGGUACACCUUCAUGCAGAGCACUGCAUUCGGCUUGCCUCGACUUUGCCAGCGGCACAUGUCAGCAGCCGCCUCGGGUGGGCAGUCGCGUCAGAACGAGUACGCGACCCGGUACCUACCGCUUCCCAGACGACAACCUUUGCGAAUCGACCGUCGGCACAUGCUCAUGUCAGUCCGAAGGGCGAUGGAGCUUUGGGGUCAGUCUGCAUACAUCCUGGACUACCAGUACAUCGACGAACAUGGGACGGGUCUUGGACCGACUUUGGAGUUCUACUCGCUGGCUUCGAAAGCGUUCGCCGCUCGCUCCAACAGGAUGUGGCGGGAUGAGGAUCCGAGCAAGGGCGAUGAGUGGGUUCACCAUCCUCAUGGAUUGUUCCCUCGACCUUUCAGCGCCGAAGAUAAAGCGGGUCCGGCGUCGGAUCAGGACAUGGCUCCCAUCUUCCAAGGGUUGGGCAUGUUCGUUGGUCGUGCUCUCUACGAUUCAAGGAUCAUCGACCUUCACUUCAACAAGGUUUUCUUGAAGGCCAUCCUUGGCGAUCACGUGGACCUCUCGCUUGAUACGUUGAAGCUUGUCGACCCAGAGCUAGCACGAACCAUGAGCAAACUGGAGAAGCUUUUGGCUGAAAAACAGGAAAUCGAUGCGGAAGAAGGCAUAGGAGCUGCUGCCCGGUCCCAGGCUUACGAGGGCCUCAAUCUUGACGGUGCCUCGAUCGAUGAUCUUGCAUUGGACUUCACUCUGCCUGGCUACGCCGAUGUUCCUCUCAAGGAAAACGGAUCGAACGUGAACGUGGACCUUGACAACCUGGAGGAAUACAUCGAGCUCGUCUACAAGGUUACUCUGCAGACGGGGAUUGCUAAAUCGGUUGAUAGCUUCCGCGAAGGUUUCUCUCGUAUCUUCCCGAUCAAGGAAUUGUCCAUUUUCUCUCCAGAGGAGAUGGGAUUGCUGUUCGGGAAUCCCGAUGAAGAUUGGUCUCGCGAAACUGUGGAAUUGGCUAUCAAGGCCGAUCACGGUUAUCACAGCGACAGCAAGCAAGUCCGCUUCCUGAUCGAUUUGAUGACCGGCUAUACCAAACAGGAGCGAAGGACUUUCCUUCGAUUUAUCACGGGCGCGCCCAAACUGCCCUUGGGAGGGUUCAAGUCACUGCAUCCUCAAUUCACCGUUGUCAGGAAACGCGAGCCGCCUCCUUUCAAGCCGGACGACUACCUGCCCAGUGUGAUGACCUGCGCUCAGUAUCUCAAAUUGCCCGAAUAUUCUACCAAGGAGAUCAUGGAAUCCCAACUACAUAGAGCGAUGCACGAAGGAGCCGAAGGGUUCCUGCUUUCCUAG